AUGGCAGAGAAAAGACUUUUACAAGAGCUUAACCUGCUAAACAGAGCAGGUCCAUCGAAAACCAACCCUCAGAUUAUUGAAUUGGCCCCCAUAGAUUCUAAUGAAAGUUUAUUGGAAUGGCAUGCAGUUAUUGCUAAGCAAACUAAAGAAGAUUCCCCUUAUUACUAUAAUGGACAAUGGAACCUUUUAAUUAGCGUGGGAAGAGAUUACCCAAUGAAACCUCCAAGUAUACGUUUUGAUUCUUCUACUCCAAUACAUCAUCCCAAUAUUAAUUUGAACACUGGAGAAAUAUGCCUUGAUAUUCUCAAAUCCGAUGCUUGGUCUCCAGCUUGGAAUUUGGUGAAUUUGGUUGGUGCAGUUUUACUCUUAUUAGACGAUCCCGAACCUGAUUCACCUUUAAAUAUUGAUCUGGCUAAUUUAUUUCGGUAUGAUAAAGUUGCUUUUGAAAGUAUAAUACAGUUUACUAUGUGGAAAUAUGGAACUUUCUGUGAUUCUCGUGCUAAAGAUCAUUCUGGAAUCAAGCUUGUUAAAGGUGUAAGCUUGGAAGAUUCAUAUGUAUUUGUGAAUCCUUUUGCACAACCAGAACAAGCUCAUAAAGUGGAGGAAAGCUCAAUUAAUAUAGAGGUAGCUUCAAAUUCAAAAGAGAAUAGUGAGAUUGUGCUUGAGGAAGAAACUACUUCACAACCACAAGAAGAAGAAGAAGAAGAAGAAGAAGAAGAAGAAGAAGAAGAAGAUAAAGAAGAAGUAGUAAUACCAAAAGUGAAUAUUCAACAGCCUGAACAAGAGCAUUUCGAAGAAAAUGAAGCAGAUGAUGUGGCUCUAGGAGAUACUACAAUUGAUACUUCAACAGAUGUUAGUAGUGCUCUAUCACUGACCACAGACCAGGUUUCUGAUUUAAAUACUACUAAGGAUUCUAAAAUGAAAAGAACAACUUCCAUUAAAAAGUCAUUAUCCUCAGCUUUGAGGAGAGACAAGAAAAAGAAGAGCAAGAGCAAGAGUAAAACCAAAUCUUAA